AUGGUUGGGCUUCGCAGAGCGAACUCCUACGAGAACAUUUGCAAGUCAGGCCACUUUCGCAGUGCUACUCCUCGGCAAGUUCUUGCAGGUUAUGGCAUCAUCUUUCGAGACGCUCUCGAUGCCUUUCUGACAGCUGGCGGGAGCAGCAACACGCGGUUUCCGACCAUGGAGCAGGUGCAACUUGCUGGAGUAUCCUUGUUCAAUGCUGCUGCGGAGACGGGUCAUGUUGACAUCUUUGUCGGCCACUCUUGGAGCGCGGGGCGCUGGUCAAAGUUCCUGGCGCUUUGCUUGUUCUUCAAUCUGGACAUGGCAAUCCGCUGUGCUUGUGGUGCCUGGCUUGUUGUGGCAGCUACACUGCUUGGGUGGGGUGGCAUUACCAGCCUCGGUGGGAGCUACCUCGCACUGCCCUGUCUUGUCUACUUUCCCAUGACAGUCUUUUUCGUUGUUUUCAUUUUCGGACAGCAGCUCUUCGAGGGGCGACAGCCUCCUGCACUGUGGGUGGACAAGCUCUGCAUCCAUCAAACAGACAUGGAUCGGAAGGCAGAACAGAUAGCAGCUCUCCCUGUCUUUGUGAUGCAUUCUUCUCGCAUGCUAAUUCUGUGGGACGAUACUUACUUCGAGAGAAAAUGGUGCUCCCUGGAGCUGGCGACAUUCGCACGACAUGUAGGUACAGAGAAGAUCGAUGUCUUGCCGCUUUGGUUGGCUCCAUGGCUGCUGAGUUCAAUCCUUCUGGAUUUGUUGAGCGUCACCCUUUUCGAGUUCCUGGAACACAGUUCUCCCAAUUGGAGUGUAGCCUGGACCAACCCUCUCAUGGCAGCAUCAGAGUCACUACUAGGAGAGAAUCCUGCAACGCUGAAAUUCGUGGCGGUAUUUACCAUCUGGAUGAUUUCAGGCAUUUGUUAUGCACCUUCUUCUUUUCCGAGCUCCUUCUCUUUCCGCAUGAAGUUACGAAACCAUCAGUUGAUGCUACAGCAAAUGGCCAAUUUCGAUGUCAGAGCAGCAAAAUGUACUCUGCCGUCUGAUGCUGAAGCAAUCGAGCAGCAAGUGGAGGACUUAUUCAAGGACGAUGUUGUGGAACGGAGACCUCAGCAGAUGAGUGGUGAUAUUGACAAUUGGGAGGUCUGUGUUCCCAUGCGAUAUCAUGGUGGGCAAGGAUCCCCGCCCGAUGUGUUCGGUGAUCCGCUGGGGCGUUUCAACGCGUACGUCCGGGGCACACUGAGGGAGUUUGUGAUUUCGCAGAUCGGCGACGAGCUUUACGUCUCGUGGCGGACCUGUCUGAUUGCCUUCUUGCCCAUGAUUUUCUACUCCUCGGUGAAUAUCUUAGGCUGCGACAACGGGCCUUGUGAUCAGUCUGCAGCAUUGGCUGGCUACCAGUCGACGUCUGCCUACAUGCUCACCUCCAUGGCUGGAUGGAUAAUCAACAUUGCGCUGGCAUUCCCACUGACAUACCCAGUCCUACUUCGUAUGGUCAAAUUCGCAAUGUCGCAUGGCGAUGGUUCAUUGCAGCUCUGUGCUGCUUUCCUUUUCUGUCCACUGGCUUUCUUCUACAAUUACAUCUGUGGAAGCUUAGUGCUCGCCUCGCUUGUGUGCGUGGUACAGAACUAUUCGCCGACACAGCUGCUGGUGUGCUUCGUAGUCCUUGUCGUACUUUUGGCGCAAGUUAUUUGGCUUUUUUCCAGUGGCACGCAUCAGGACAGCAGCCAGCUGUCGUGUCGCUGCGUAAGGCGGCAGGCCACUGCGUACGAGGCACUUGGCAACACCGGUAGUGUUGCAUAG